AUGUUGAACCACAAGUUGAUCACCAAGCAAACCGGUGCUGCUGGUAAGGAGGUUACCGCUGUCUACGUCGUCGAGAGAAGAGACGCCAGAACCGAGGCUUACUUGGCCAUCUUGAUGGACAGAGCUACCCAAAAGCCAAUGAUCGUUGCCUCCGCUCAAGGUGGUAUGGACAUUGAGGGUGUCGCCGCCGAGGAUCCAGAUGCCAUCAAGACCUUCUCUGUCGAGUUGGACGCUGGUGUCACCGACAAGUUGGCUACCGAGAUUGCCUCCGUUUUGGGCUACACCCAAGAGGCCAUCCCUGAGGCUGCUAAGACCAUCCAAAACUUGUACAAGGUCUUCAUCGAGAAGGACUGUACCCAGGUCGAGAUUAACCCAUUGUCCGAGACCCCAGACCACCGUGUCUUGGCCAUGGACGCCAAGUUGGGUUUCGACGACAACGCCGACUUCAGACAAAAGGACGUCUUUUCCUGGAGAGACCCAACCCAAGAGGACCCAGAGGAGGUUGAGGCUUCCAAGUACGGUUUGAACUUCAUCAAGUUGGACGGUAACAUUGCCAACAUCGUCAACGGUGCUGGUCUUGCCAUGGCUACCAUGGACAUCAUCAAGUUGUACGGUGGUGAGCCAGCCAACUUCUUGGACUGUGGUGGUACUGCCACUCCUCAAACCAUUGAGAAGGCUUUCCAAUUGAUCUUGUCUGACAAGAAGGUCAACGGUAUCUUCGUCAACAUUUUCGGUGGUAUUGUCAGAUGUGACUACGUCGCUGAGGGUUUGAUUGCUGCUACCAAGAACUUGAAAUUGACUGUUCCUGUUGUUGUUAGAUUGCAAGGUACCAACAUGGAGAAGGCCAAGGAGAUGAUUGACAACUCUGGUUUGCAGUUGUAUGCUUUCGAGGACUUGGACCCAGCUGCUGAGAAGAUCGUCGAGUUGGCACCAAAGGCCUAA